GGCAAACAAGGAUGUAGAUUCUAUUGUUUCUUUAGAAUUCUUUCUUUAAAUUUAUUCCGUGCAUUUUGUUUUAUCUCCCCAAAAUUAAUAUGAGGAUGACAACCCUUUUUGUUGUACAUUUCUAAACAACUGCAAUUGUCGGCACCGCUGCGGAAGAGAUAUAUGUCGAUAUUUGCAGCGAUGGCUUGGAGGGCUGAGCAGACGCUCUCUAACAAAGAGGACAGACCCUGUUUGCUGGCGAGCCGAGGACAACAUUGACACAUAGAUCCAUGAUUACAUGCCUACCCUCCAGGCUCCCCGUGCAGUGCCAUGUUGGGAGAACUAAUAUCAGCAAUACCGAUAUUGAAUUAUGUUUGAACAGGCGUUUAUAGUACAUACACAACGAUCUACCUUGGAACAUCCGGAAGUUCGUCCACAAUCGGCUGAACGAGUUCAAGUUCGGAGAGGACCUGAGGCAGGUCCCCCCAUGGUCGAUGAGCGCUUGGUCACACACGGAUUUGGAGAGGCUGAGGAGGGGGCAUGUUUCAGCGCAGGUUGGAAAGUCAUUAAUGCAUGCUCAUGUCCAACUUACUUUGAAGUCAUAGUGCUAAUAAUUGGUUAAAUUUCUACAUAUUAUGUUUACUGACAGUAUUUGAAGUAUUACUAUCCUUUAUGUAACACAGACGUGCCUAAUGAUGAGAAUAUGAAAGCCAAUAGUGUUAUUUCCAAUAAAAUCAUCGGAUGUUCCAUACCAUCAUUGAUCCAGAUUUCAUUUUAAAAAAUCUUUACAGCUAUAAUAAAAAUUAAAAAUUAAAUUUAAUAGAAAAUAAUAUCUUUCAUUAUAAAAAUAAACGAUGUUCUGAUAAACGGUGGUAUGAUAAUAAACGGUGGUCUUAUUGUUUGGUA